AUGGAGAAAGGCGCGCAGGCCGCAGACUGGGACAGCGAUGAGACGGUGAUAGAGGGGUCCGUGACGGAGAGCGACCUGGAAGAAGAGGAGCUGCCCUGGAGGAGGUUGCUCUUUGAUCAAGACACGUCUCUUAGAUCUGAGUUCAGUCUCCAUCCUGAUAUAAGUGGAAUAUGCAAAGGCACACGUUCUCCUGAGAUUCAAUUUAGGUUCAAGCUCAGAAAGGAUCCACAGGAGCAAAUAAGUAAAAAGACGACGAUGCCUGUUCUUAGUGGGGAUGCAGUCUUACAGCAACCUCAAGAGGAAAUGGAACAAGAUCAAACUCUGUUACAAACCAGAAGAAGUUGUCCAGUGUUCAUUGUGUCAUCUCCCCAAACUGAACUUUCACUGAACCACGAAAGCAUUCAAGGGCCUAAGGCUGAAAAUCCUGAAGUUUUGCCACACCCAGAAAAGGAACUAAAUGCAGGCAGAGACUCUCCUGAAAUUAGCCUUCUCUCAGGUACUGCUAUUGAAGUAUCUGAUAUGGUUGCUGUAAAGGAGAAAUUGUUAAUAGAGCCACAGACAAUCUCAGCAGCACCAGCAUUUUCUGAGUCUGGAAAGGAAGUUGCAUUGCCCAUGACUUCCGAAGAAACCAAAGAUGAUGAAAGCUCUGUUGAAACUUUUGUGUCUGCCUUAGAAAAGUUACUAACAUCACCAGAAAACACCCAGGAGGAAACAUUGUUUGAAACAAUGAAUCAUUUUGAACCUAGAGAGUUGAUGAGCCCAUUGAGCAACUCUUUGAAUUUCAUAUCAAUGCCUUUGACAUGUCAUAGAGAUUUACUAGAUAACACAAAGGAUGGUGCAUUGCCAGCUGAGUUGUUAGCAGCCCUAAACAUGUUGUCAGAAGCCAAGGUGGGACCCAUCUGUUACAGAAAAGAGGGAGGCAGCAGUCUCAGUGCUGAAAAUGAAUGUUUAGGAAUAGAGCCGAGCCUGUCUCAGACUGAUGAAGGUUGCACACAAAUAGCAGAGACUCUAGAAGAUCCAACUUCAUUUGGAUUGCAGACAUUGGCUUAUCAAAAUGUAAUCUCUUGUGAUCCACUAAAUAAUAAGAGAAAUUCAAAUACAGUGGAAAACAACUCUGACCAGGACCCUCCAUCUGUGUUAAGAAGAUCACGCAGAAUGAAAGUAGGCAGAUAUACAGAGCACACAGAUGGCAUGUAUAAGAUACCAGAAAAGAUUUUAUCCACAAUGCUUGGCUGUGAGAAUCAAACAAAUAAUAACUGUUCAACUGAGACUUUCAGAAUGCAGGGCCCUGCUUUAAUGACUGAAGGUAAAAGGAAGAACAUGCAUUCAUCUGGACUCAAGAGUAGAAAACAGAUCUGGGAAAAUGGAAAAAUCACAAGACAGAAUGAAAAAAGGAAGUUGAAUAAAAUAUCUCUUUCUCUCAUUAACCGGAGAAACGUUUUUGGAGAGAACUUACUGUACAAGGCUGCUCUGCUCAACGAUACUCAUCUUGUUCAUCACUGUAUUGAAAAAGGAGGAAAUGUUAAUCAACCAAGUUAUGCUGGUUGGACAGCACUUCAUGAAGCUAGUGUAAGGGGAUUUUAUGAGACAGCAACUGAACUAGUAAAAGGUGGAGCAGAUGUAAAUAUCAAAGGAAUGUACCAGAUCACCCCCCUACAUGAUGCUGUGAUGAAUGGACAUUACAAGGUGGCAGAGUUGCUUCUUUUCAAUGGAGCUGAUCCAUUAUUUAGAAGUGACAAUGGAAAGUGUGCUUUGGAUGAGGCCAAAGGUGCACGUAUGAAGCAUCUUCUUGAGAGAUAUGUUCCUAAACAUCAAAAACAUCUUAUUUCAGCUCAAAAAAACAGCACUGACGCAUUAGAUGUAGAGGAUGCACACCAGCACAAGAAACCAAAAUUUAGUUCUAAAAAUUGCAUUGGGUUUGUUUGUGAUGAAGAAUCUACCAGACGGAAGCCAGAACGUGUAAAAGUUGAUAAAAGAAGCAAAGAGGGUUUAUUUCUAAAGAAAGAAGAUGUAAAUGAACAUUACCCAAAAGAUUCCAAAAGCUUGAAAUUUGGUAACUCCAAGCAUAAGCAAUCAACUGUUAACCAAAUGUACUCUACAGUACUCAGAAAAGACAAUCUCCAUAAUGUCAAAGGUCCCAGCACAAAUAUGUCUAAAUGUAAAGGAAGAAGAAAUGCACGACGUAAAAGGACUCAGGUGGAUAAUGCAAUCCAAGAAAGCAACCCAAGAAAAACUGUAGCUGUCCCUUCUUCCAGAAGAAGUAGAUUGGUUACUUGUCAGCAACAUAUUCUCCAUACCCUUGAUGACCUUCCAGAAGCAUCAUGUAACCCUUUUAGCACAGCUCUGUCAAGCCUAGAAAAUGGAUUAGGUAACAAUAUGGACACUUGUUCAGUUCCCAAAGAGACACAUCCCCAGAGUCUGAAUUUAUCAGAAAGUCAAGAAAUAAAAUCCUCAGAAUUAGAAUCCAGUGACCAAGCUAAAGCUAUUUCUUUCUCAGGACUUUCUGUGCAUAAAAAAAUCAAAUUACCAGUUGUUACUACAGAUCAGCAGCCUCAUACUCACCAAGAACAACAGCACAUUAGUCCUUAUAAACCUCAUGAAAACAGUAACUCAGAUGAAAAAAGAGAGGGACUUAAUAAGUGGGAAAAUUUUAAUAAUGAUGUUCGUGGUGAUGGCUGUACCUCUGAGAAGACUGUAAUUUCUCAAAAAGUGACAUGUUCUAUAGGUUGCAAAAACGACUAUAAUUAUCAAGAGAAUAUAACAAGUAGAGAAGUAGUGGAUUUUCAACAGUUUAUACCUUCUGAAGACCACUUUUCACAGGAAAAUAAAUUAAAAGCAGAUGGCCUAAGCAUACUUCCACAACAGGAAGCUGUUAAUUUUUCUAAUUCAGAUAAUACAACUGUUUCUGAACCACACGUUGCAAAUUAUGAACAGUGCAUAUAUGGAACUUCUUUUGAUCACUCCCAUAGCAAUCCUGAGCAUACUUCCUUGGCUUGUACAACACCACUUUUAACACAUGAAGUUUCGAAGUUGACUAGUCAUGUGGAGCAGUUCAGAAGGCCUCAGGAUUGUAGUAGCCCCGGAACACCAGCUCAUUUAAUGGAUCAAACAGAUACACAUACUUUGGGAAAGGUGAAUAAGAAUGAAGGCACUAGAAGGAAUUACACUGACAAAGGCCAAAAACCAAACUCUUCAAAUGGACCUUUAUCCACAGUUGUUCAUUCUCAAAUAAUAGAAACAACUGAAGUUGAAAAAAGGAGACAAGAUCUUCCAGAGAGCGAAAUCAUACAUAAUACAGAUUUUCAUUCCACUGACAAUAUGAGUAAAGAAUUGACCAACAUCUCACAAGUUAGUCAAAGAGACGAGAAGGAAAUUUCUCACAAACCAGAAAUGAAAACAGGUGGGAUCAAUAAGAGGAAUGCCAGAGGGGAAAGCCCACUUCAUUUGGCUGCCAGAAGAGGGAAUUUGUCUUUGAUGAGAGUUCUAAUAGAAUCUGGAGCAGAUGUGAAUCUAAAAGAUAAUGCAGGUUGGACACCACUACAUAAUGCGUCUAGUGAGGGAUCUAAUGAUGUAGUUGCAGAGUUGUUAAAAGCAGGCGCUAAUGUCAAUUGUGAAAACCCAGAUGGCGCUCUGCCCUUACAUGCUGCUGCUGCGAAUAAUCACUUAAAGGCAGCUGAGAUUCUACUGCAACAUGGAGCAAACCCUAAUCAAAAGAAUCAAAAACAGAAGACUGCUUUAGAUGAAGCAGAUGAUGAAAAAAUGAAAGAGCUGCUAAAAUCUUAUGGUGCUAUUGAGACUGAUAAUAGAGAUGAGAGUAAUGCUAUAGCCACUGUAAAAAUUCCUACUGUCCGGUCCAGAAGACACAAACCGUGCAUUUGUGAUGACUUAAAAACUGUUGAUCCACCUUCUCUUUCACACCAAGAAAGAACAAGAGGACGCCUUCAUAGGCAUCAGACCAUCAGUGCCAUUCUACAAGACAUAGAAGAAAAACAAGAAAAUUUAUUGGAGUUUGAAAUAAGGACCCCCGAAGAUGCAGAACAAUACACUGAAAAGAUGUUACAGAUAAAAGAGGUUAUGGAUAAUGUGCUUGCCAAACAGAAAGCAGAAAGGGAUGAUCUGGCUAAAAAAUACAGGGUGUCCAUAGAAUCAUUCAGGCAUGGUGUCCUGAGGGAACAACUGGCUAACUUGGCUGCAAGACAGAAGAGCCUUUUAGUUGUGGCAAAAAAACAGAAAAAAAUAAGCCAGAAAAUUCAAAACUAUAAGAAUGUUACAUCUGUGCCUGGUGUUAGUUUGAGGAAACUGCCAUCUAGCUCAGAGAUCUUUUGUGAAAAGGACAACCAAGAGCUUACCAGCCUGGAAAAUUUAGUGCAGUCCCAAUCAGGCUCAUUUUCUCCCGUCAGCCCUGUUUGUGGAAGCAUACAGGAAACACAGUUGUCUCUGGAAAUGUGGAAUGACAGCCAAAACACCAAUGCUUGUCUAAAUUCAGAUACAGUGAGAAGGGAAGAAUUUUCUGGAAAUGAGCUGAAUUCUAGACAAAAUGUCAAUGACUGUAACUUGGAUGGGUUAUCAAAAUCCAGACCUUCAUAUGGCACUAAGAAGAUUAAAUUACCAUCCCAACCUGUUGCUUUUAUUGCUCAAACAGAAUAUUCACAAAAAGAAAAUGAUCUUACAGAUCCUUCAGCACUAACUGGCACAUUAAAUACUUCAGAAACCGCAAGUGUACUUGCCCCAAAUGAUGCCCAUCCAUCAACUGUUAUUUGUGGUCAGGCUCUUUCCAGUUGUGCUCCAAAAAGAGGAAACAGAAAAAGAACUUCCCAGCAACCACCUAGGGGGGCAUCAGAAAGCCUGACACAUCAAGAUACUGAAGACUUAGGUCGUGAUAUGGGGCAUCAGAUGAAACCAUAUCUUAAAAAAUCAGUUUUUGCUUUCCGACAUGCAAAUGACAGUCAGAGCACCUCCUCCUCUGGGUCUGACCGGCAGCAUACCACAAAAAAGCCUUUAAGCUAUAGCAUGGUUCCUAAAAAGAAAUGUGUGCAGAUAAAGGAUCUGAUAGUACUAGGAAGAAUUAACCCAGGAAAUAACAUUUUGGAAUUUAAAACACAGGAGACUACCCACAAAGCCAGUGUUUUGUUGAGUGGUAAAAUUAAGGUAGAAAAUGGUCAGAUUUAUCAAAAUCCAGUCACCUGGCUCAAGGAUCUUCUAGGAGGCGACAGUCAUGUAACCUGGAAUUAUGCUUGGAGUAAGGUAACGUAUCUGGGGAAGGAACUUUUAAAGUAUGUUUCUGAAGAAGUACUCAUCCCUUCAGAGCCAAACUUGUUACCUGAGCAGUGUCAACCUUGUCUUCCAGGAACUUCCACCGAGUCAGUGCACAGCAUCCCACAUUAUCUACAAAUAAAUGAAAUACUAUUAAUCAGUGAUCAAGAAUUUCUCCCAUGCCAUGUAAUGGAUCAGCAUUGGAAGUUCUAUGUGGAAUGCGAGGAACUGACAUUCUAAAGCCUUGUUUUCUUAAUAAUGAAUUAGAUAUUUGUUCAUAUUAUUAACUAACGUUCAUAUUUCAUCUUUGUGGUCUGGUGGGCUUGUUUUAACACACACUUAAGAUGGUAUUUACUGUUAUAAGGAAAACAUAAUUCUUCAACUACUGAAGUAAGAUGAGUACUUUUUGCCGUUUAAAUAAAGGCACUUUUGAAGUAAACCAUAUUGAUUCUCUGGCUUUCUUUUUACUAACAUAAA